AUGCCUCCCAAAAGAAAAACAACCGGCUCCGCCGACAGUGGCGCAAAGAAGUCCAAAGGCCCAGCAAGCAAGGCUGAAGUAGACAUGGAAACCAAGCGCGCACUGGACAAGCGAUGGGCCCCCGUCUCUGUAUCUCGAAACGCAGACUCGGAGUUCAAAUUGCGAACCCGCGGCCCAGUCAAGGCUUUUUCUUAUAUUUGUCUGGGCUGUGCGCCUUGGAAGACGGAGAACAAAGAUGAGUCUGAGGAUGAGGCUGAGGAAGAUGAGGAGUUUAUAGAGCAGAAGAAGAAAGAUGAUGCCGAGGCGGACGAUGCCACUACCCUCAAACCUGCUUCCGAGCACCCAGGAGAAAAAUGGAUCUUCACAACCGCCGGAGUGGCUAAAUGGGUUGCGCUGAAACGCGGCACUGCCGUGCGCGACCCGGAUAACUUCGAAAUGCAUGUCUACAAUGACUUCUUUGGAUACGCCGUUAUGGAGCUAGUGGAGAACCUCCUCUUGGAUUUCGAAGAGGCUGAUGGUGACUGGAAGAUGCAGUGGGCUAUCUGUGAAGCGACCGGGCUGUAUUUCCAAAUGGAUGCUAUCAUGCCGUUGGUUGGGUUUGUCUCACUGGGCCCAAGUAGAAUAUUGAGAGUUAACGAAACGCUGACGAGUGCAACAUACAGCUGCGAUGACGGAGAGACCGUGAAUGCGGUGUUUAUAGCCUUCGCCACAAUGUUCCUUACUAUGCUUUCCACCCUGGAACGAAAUGACCUGUUCAAGCCCUACUCGGAGGUAAAGAACGUCGGAGCUAUCAUGGGUCUGUUCAUUCGCUUCAUUGUUGAUGUCGAAGAGUACGGUAUCGACUGGGAUGACCAUGAUGCGAAGAUCAAGGCUUAUGCCACCAAACACAAUGUCAAAAUUCAUGGCUUGAACCACCCCCGCUACGAGGAGUCGUCUGGUGAGACGGUUGAGCUUCCCGAGGCUACAGCUAAUGCCAAUGAUCCCUGGGGCUGGGCAAAGGUAUUAACAGAGCUGAAGGAGGCCAAUGAUGGGUGUCUGGGCGGUGAUUCGAAGGACAUCACGUCUUGGACUCCUGCGGAACGCAGGAAGGCGGCUUUCGGCAACAAGGAUCCCAUUCCCGGAGCGCCAUGA